AAUCUAAGCAUGUGGGGGUCUGAGCCCUAUAAUGGCUCCUCCGCGCACCAGUUUCAAAAGGAGGAAGAAGAGAAGGAGGAGGAACAGAAGGAAGAGAAAGUAAAGAAGGAGCAGCCCAAAGGUGACGACGUGGACUUCUCGACUGGACUCCUUAGUUUCUCUGACCACUUCGUCUUUCAGAUUAAGGAAUCAAAACACCAAGAGGAGGAAUGGUCCAAAAUCAAAAACUUUAUUGAGAAAUCAAGACGCAAAAAGGCAAAGGACUGGUACAAAAUCAGAAACUUCGGACUGUACCAGCUCACCAAGGAUAUCAUUGUGAUGAUCCGAGUGUGCAAAAUGUUCCGCCAAGGCCUCAGGGGAUUCCGGGAAUAUCAGAUCAUUGAGACUGCUCACAGAAAGCACCCAAUCUUCUCUUUCUGGGAUAAAAAGAAGCAGGGCCGAAUCACAUUUGACACCAUGGAGUUUAUUGCUGAGAAGGGUCACUUUCCUCCAAGGGCCAUUGAGAUCACACAGAAGAAGCCUGCUUGGAGAAAAGAGGAUGAGAUCCAAGACCUGUGUAACGUCUUGCAGGCUCUGGAUAGCUUCAGGAACUACAGUGACACCCUGCAGCUGCUCCUGGCCAAAGUUAUGCGCUUUGAACGAUUUGGUCGUAGACGUGUGAUCGUCAAGAGGGGCCAGAGGGGCAACAGCUUUUAUUUUAUCUACCUGGGCAAGGUCGCAGUGACUGAGGAUGAGGAUGGCAGUAGCGCCUUCCUGGACCCCCACCCGACUUUGCUGCAAAAGGGCUGCUCUUUUGGGGAAAUGGCCCUUCUGAGUUCUUCAGUAAGGAGGGCCACUGUGGUCUGUAUGGAAGAAACAGAGUUCUUGGUUGUCGACAAGGAGGAUUUCUUUGCUAAUAAGCUGGACCUGGAAGUUGAAAGGGAUGCUCAGUAUCGGUUUGAAUUUUUUAGGAAGAUGGAUCUGUUUCAGUCCUGGUCCAAAGAGAAGCUUUGGCAGCUGGUCACCAUGGGGAAGGUGGAGAAGUUCUCAUUUGGCCAGCUGAUUUCAAAAGACUUUGUAGAGUCUGCCGCCAUUAUGUUUAUCUGCAAGGGCAGCUGUGAAGUCCUGCGGCUGAUAGACCUUGGAAAGUCCCCUUCCUACUACAAGUGGAUCUGGCAGCAUCUGGAGAUCCUACACAACAAACCUCUGAAGACCCACAUGUUUGAACCCUCUCCCGUGGAGAGAUUUAAGGAAUUCCGGAUCAAGUCAUAUCCUGUACAGGACUUCAGCUCUUUGAAACUUCUGCAUCUCCAGAAAGCCUGGGAGCAAAAGGGGACCAACUUUAGUAUAAGUCAAACUUCAAUGACUGAUCUUCCAAAGACCUUUGGCUCAAAGAUCAAAUCCAAGCGUGCUCAUUCGACCAAAUGUUCUGCGAUUGAUAUCAAGUCUGGUCAGCUUGCCAAAGAGACUGCAGUGGGCACCUACAUGAAGAUCCACACUGUGGAGCAAGGAGAAAUUGUGGGCGUUCAACAGUUCUUCCUCUCAAAUAUCCAACAUGACAAGCGGCCCCUGAUCCUGGUGAGCCUGGGAACUGAGCUGAUACGGGUGAGGAAAGAAAAAUUUGAAAAAUUGAUUGACAGUGAGACAAGAGAAAAGUUGUCCAAGUUCAAUAUUGAAUAUCCCAGGUUAGUACUGGAAAUGUGCAUAAAUCCUGUCAGAUCAGAGGAAUAAAUUUUCACCUGUUAUUUAGUAAAAGUAAAGAAAAAAUGAUAAUACCUAAUACUGACAAGGGUGAAAUGAAACUGGUAGUUGUUGGUAUACUGUAAAUGGCUAAACACUUUUUUGUGUGUGGGGAGGGGAGGGCUAAAACGUUUUUGUAAUAAUUUUAGUAUUAUGUUUCAAGGGCCCUAAAACCGUCCCUACCGUAUAAGGCAAUGAUCCACUUUCUGUGAGUUUAAAUAGCCAAAAUAUGGGGAAAUUCUAUAUGCAUUAAGGUGUUUGUAGCAGCCAUAUUCAUAAUAGAGAGAAAAAUAUACAAACAACCGACACUUGCCAUACUAAGGGAAUAGCGUAGAAAACUGUGAUACUUUUCCGUGAUAAACUAUAACUUUCAUUUAAAAAUCAAGAGUUUAAUGGCUCUAUAGCCACAGCGUAAAAAGGAUGAUACAAUGAUACAUUGAAAGGGGUGGGUACAUAAUUGUAUACAUACUAUGUUCGUGCCUUUGUAAAACACUGAAGUGAGAAAAACAGAAAGAAACAAACAAAAACUAUAAUACCUGUGUGUGAUGGUUAAGGUUGUGUGUCAACUUGGCUGGGCCAUGAUUGUCGGUGAUUGGACAGUUGUAUGAAGUUGUGAUGACUUCCAUGAUGAGAUCUGAUAUGAUGUGAUCACCUCUAUGAUGGGAUCUGCUGUGAGUAGCCAGUCA